AAUCAUUUUAGUUAACUAACAGCAAUAGCAAUCAAUAGUAAUCAGAACACUCCAGUCGCAACUACAGCCUUGGCAAAGUGUAUUAAAUAGCUUUAAAAAUAAUAACUUCCAAGAAUCUCAUAGAAAGACUGGUUUUUUUUUAUAAAAAUGAAGUAUAAAUCUUAUGUUAUUUUAACUUGUUUAUUGAGUUCAUGUCUGGGUCAGCAAGUGCCACCUCCAAAGCCUGGUUCUGGUAGCCCAGUUUCAUUUGUGCCACCACCUCCAAGAAAAACGAAUCCAGAUUUAGCAAAAUUAUCAUAUGUGCCAAAUCCUAUAGGGCCAACAUCUGUUGUGAAACCUGUACAAGCACCACCAAAUUUAGCUACACCUGCUUCGGUUACCCCUAGCACAACUAAACAGUCGUAUGCCGGUGCUGCUGCCGUUCAAAAUGGAGUAACUACACCUGGAAAAUCUGGUGUUUCAACACAGGCAACGCCAACUGCAACGAAAAAACAAGGUCUAAUAACAGAUCCAGAACUUCGAACUUUUUCAGAAGAACUUUUAAGCAAAGAUGUCAACAAUGUUGCCAAAUAUGUAACAAUUAAUUUACAAACUAAACUUGAACGUAAUGACACCACCGAUAAAUCACCAUUGCCAUUAUUAACCGUGAAACCAGAAGCAUUUAAAGUACCAUCUGUUACAAAAUUCCGUGCUCUUCUUGAUAAUUAUAUCAUGGACUCUGCUGUAACUGAAGAAGUAACACCUUUAGAACGUAAAGAAGAAAAUGACUUCUUGGACACAAUCAUUUCAACACCAGUAAUGCAACAUGCUAGACAACUUUUAAUGUCAAAAGGAUUGAUUAAAGCUGAUCCAAAUGAUUUCAAAGAUAAUUUAAAACGACUUUGGUUUACAUUGUAUUCACGUGGUGAUGGAAAAAUUGGAUCAAGUGGUUUUGAACAUGUAUUCAUGUCAGAACUAAAAAAAGGUGAAUUGCAGGGUUUACAUAAUUGGAUCUACUUCAGUGACCAAGAGGCCGCUAAAAAAGUUGAUUAUUUAGGAUAUUUACGUAAUAUUAACUUAGGAGAUAAAGGACAAGUAGUUAAACUCCGUUUCAAAUAUAACAACCAGGUGAGAAUACCUAAAACAUUAUUCAUUGGUACAAGUCCCGAAUUCGAGUUCGCUUUAUACACCGUAUGCUAUUUGUUGAGAGCUGAUUCUCAAUGUCCAGUUAAAAUGAAUGGAGUGAAGUUUAAUAUUAAAACUUAUAAUUAUAAGUAUCGAGGAGUAAGUUCAAUUGGAAGUGCAUAUGCUGAGGUUGCAUAAGUAUGUUACAUCGAACAAUUAAGCCAUAAAUUAAAACUUCAUCAAUAAGAAAACGCAUUUAUUUACUGUAAUAAUUGUAUGUCAUUCAUAAAAUUGUAUUUUGUGUAAAAUGUUUUUAUAUUUUAAAAUGUGACUUAAA